AUGAUUGAGCUUAUAAGGCCCUACAAGAGCCACCGGCAUUGGUUCUUCUUGGUGUCGCUGGCCGUUAUCAGCUCGUCGGCCGAAUACAAAGGACUAUACACAAACAGGCUUUCCGAAGUCCACGAAACCGUUCCUGAAAGGGUCACUUCGAAGGGCGAUCACCUCGCUCGCGACGUUACGACUUUCCACGAUGAUCCUUCAGGAUUCGUCCAUUUCAAUUUGUCGAUUGGCCGGGACGAGCAUUUUUUGGUCCUUCGGCCGUCGAACGGUUUUUUCAUUCCUUCUCUAAUUGUCGAGAGGAGGCGAAAGGGCAACUUCACCAGGGAGCGACCGUCGGAGAGGAGCAAAAAAUGCCACUAUCGAGGUUUCGUCGCGGGACAAGAGGGCUCCAAAGUCGCCCUAUCCGCUUGCAAUGGUUUGGCAGGAAUCAUACACACUCAGAAAGGAAAAUACUACAUAGAACCGGCUGAUCAUCAAUCUAAAUCGGUCGAAGCUGGUCGGAAACAUCUAAUUUAUAAGAGAUCCGCCGUGACGACGAGCCACGCGAAGAAGAAGAAGAGAAGGAAGGGAAAAAAGCAGGCGAAUUGCGGCACGAAAAUACCUAAAAGAUGGACAUUGCUCGAGUGGCAAAUGGACCAAGGUAAAUUGAAAAUCCAACGAAGGAAACAGAACAAAAAACAACAAGUCGCCAACGCGAAAGAUAUGCAGAUGAAGAACGUGAAGAAAUUGAAAUACAAAAGAAAACUCGGUAGAAGUCAAAGAUCGAUAAGUUUGAAUCAUUACGUGGAAACUCUAAUAGUCGCCGAUAACAGUAUGGUGGAAUUCCAUCAAGAUGGAGACAUCGAAACCUACUUAUUAACCCUCAUGAAUAUGGUAUCAAUGCUAUACCAAGAUCCCACCAUAGGCAACAGCGUCAAAAUCGUCGUGGUGAAAAUCAUUUUGCUGGAAGAUCUCCAUUCGGAACCAGCGCUUAACGUUAGCACUAACGCCGACGUAACGCUGAGGAACUUUUGCAAAUGGCAAACCAAGCUCAACCCAGGUAAAGAUAACCAUCCACAUCACCACGACGUUGCGAUAUUGAUCACCAGAAGAGAUAUAUGCGCGAGGAAAGAUGUUCCAUGUGGGACAUUAGGAGUAGCUCAUAUAGGGGGCAUGUGCAAAGCCAGCAGGAGUUGCAGCGUGAAUGAAGAUAACGGUAUUACAUCAGCUCAUACUAUUGCUCACGAAUUGGGCCAUAAUUUCGGUAUGAUCCACGAUACGGAUAAAGUCGGUUGUAAAAGAAGAGAAGGCAACACCAUUCACAUAAUGACUCCGCAUUUCGAAGCCGAUUCGGUCACGGUGAACUGGUCGAAUUGCAGCAGAAGAGAAAUCACGCGGUUUUUGGACAAAGGUUUAGGUCAUUGUCUGGAAGACGAACCGGACCAACUCGAACGCUACAAAUAUCCAGACCUUCCAGCAGGUGUUAUGUACGAUGCCCACCACCAAUGCCGUCUACAAUUCAGCCAAAAAGCCACUUUAUGCUCACCGCCCGACGAAAUAUGCUCCCAUCUUUGGUGUACAGUAAACAACACUUGCACCACUCUCCUUCGACCAGCAGCUGAAGGAACUUAUUGCGGAAAGCACAAGUGGUGCUACAAUCACGAAUGCGUUCUGAUGCUGGACACGCCAUCUCCCAUCGACGGCGGUUGGGGCGAGUGGAGCUCCUGGAGCGAAUGCUCGCGAACUUGCGGAGCCGGUGUAUCGGUGAUGUCGAGAGAAUGCAACCACCCCACGCCCGCUUACGGCGGGAAUUAUUGCGUGGGACAGAGGAAGAGGUAUCGAAUAUGCAACACUCAAUCCUGUCCGCCGGGCGAGCCUUCGUUUAGAGCCGUCCAAUGCUCUAGUUUCGACGAUCAACCGUACGAAGGCAACAAAUACGAAUGGCAACCGUAUUUCGACGAGGGUGAGCCCUGUCAGCUCUACUGCAGCGACGCUAAUGAAACAGUAAUCGUUCCUUGGGGAGAAUACGCCAAGGACGGGACGCCCUGCAGCAUCGUAUCGAGGGACAUUUGUAUUUCAGGUAUUUGCAAGAGGGUGGGCUGCGAUUGGGCGGUGGACUCCCGGACGGAAGAGGACGAUUGCGGCAUUUGCCGAGGUGAUGGGAGCAAAUGCGACAAAAAGCGGGGGAUCUACGAUAAGCAGAAUUGGUCGCCGGGCUACAGGGAAAUCGUGGUCGUACCGAAGGGCGCGCGGAAUGUUCGGAUCGAGGAGAAGGACCGAUCGAGUAACUACAUCAGCAUCGGCAGCGCUUUGGCUAGGAAGUUUUAUCUCAACGGGGAACGGCAUAUUUUCCUACCUGGGGAAUACACGAUAGCAGGAACGCAAGCUCUUUACGCCAGAGAUAACCAAUUGGAAAAAAUCCGAAUACCAGGACCCAUCAACGAGCCCAUCGUCAUUUAUAUAUACUACAUCGGCAACACGUGGAACCCAGGCGUGGAGUACAAAUACUCCAUAUGGAAGCAGGAGAUAAUAAACCAAAUAAAAUACUCCUGGAUCCUGAGCGAAUGGUCCCAAUGCUCGGUCACCUGCGGUGGAGGCGUCCAAAGCAGGCAACCUCUUUGCCAGGAAUCCGUCGAAUCCACAAUGGCGAUGGAGUUAGAAAGACCUACGAUGGUCGAAGAUUAUUACUGCGAGCCGCAGGAUAAACCCGAUCCGGUGACCAGGAGCUGCAACGAGGACAAUUGUCCUUCGCGCUGGUGGGUGGGACCUUGGCAGACUUGCUCUACAUCUUGCUUUACUAAAGGAAAGAAGCCUUUAAAAAGAAGAAGUGUGAUGUGUGUCGAUGACAAAGAUUUGGCGUUACCGGAUAAAUUUUGCGAUAAAAAGACUAAACCGACCGAAUACAGGCAAUGUUCGAAUUUGCCGCCUUGCGAAAGUGUCUAA